CUGGUAACUCAGCCAGCUGAUUGUGAAUAACCGCGGUCACUUUUAACUUACUCGCAAUGUUCAAUAAUAAUCACGCAUAAAAUGUUUUACUUUAUAAGGCCAGUCGUUUCUAGCAGGAAUGUUUUAUGAACAUGGCUAUAAUUUGCUAAGCAACAAGCUAGGAAAUGAUAGUGUGGCUUUGCUGAAUUGGUGAUCAGUCGAAUCGCGUAACUUCACGCACCACGUUGGAACAUAUUUCGUAGAAAGGAAUGCGUGACAGCUGACCUUGUCUACAGAAAACAUAACCCUACACUAUGGAACGUAUACAACCGUUUUUGCGCGUGUUGAUGACAUAAGGGCAGUGGAGCCUCGGAUAUCAGUUCCGGUAUCUGCUUAUAGGAGUGAAAGGUGAAUGCUAUACUUGCUGCAUGGCUACAGUUCUGACAGAGGGACACUUCGGGACAGAGGGACUGUAGCAUCACACACAGUUCCAGGCUCCUGUUUUUCCAUUGUCCAACAUGGAGGAACAGGAAGAAGCUGCUUGCAAAGUUGGUGAGGCAUCUAGUCAGGGGGAAAGCGACCAGCCCACUGUUCAGAAUACAAUGCCGAUCAGGCCUGUCUCUCCAGAAACAGAACAGCCUGAUGAAGUGCCUUUCCUGACUCAAGAUGUCAUGUCUGAGACUGAGAAUGUAGACUGUAAGGGGUCUGAGGAAACUCCUGAAAACAUCCCAGACCACGAACAGGCAAGUUCCCCUCUCCCAGAUAUUAUGGGGCCCGAAGCCACCUCUGCAGAAGAUGAAAUUCUUCACAAGAACCCCAAGGAAGAACCUACAAACUCUGACCUCGAGGACUUGGAUUCCUUCAAUCUGAUAGAGCCCCCUCCCCUGGACUGGAGGUCAGACUCCUCCAGUGAUGGUGCCUCAGUGGGAGGGAUAGACGAUAACAGCUUCCUGCAGCCAGACAUGAUGGACACUCCAGAAGACAGGCUGAGUGAACCAAGCCUAACUUUAGACCCCGGCACCACAGAGCCCAGGACAGACCUUGAUGUCCACCAGGGCACUGAGGAUGAAGCCGGGAACUACACUGAGGAGCAAGAAGGUGUUGAGAAGGAAGAGGAGGUGGAGGAGGUGGAGAAGGGAGAGGAGGAGGAGGAGGAGGAGGAAGAGCAGGAAAGCAGGCCGGGUGACGUAGACCACUCUCAGAUUCAGGCACUACUGGCUCAGCUUCAGCAUUUCAAAGGGAUGCCCCUCUCUGAACCCCCUGCCCACAACCUGUCCCACUCCUUCUCUGGCCCUCCAUUAGAGAGAGGUUCUCCUCCCCCUCUUGGGACUGAAACCAGCGUGCUGCAGCCAGCAACAGAGGAGCACAAGGGCCCCGGCCUCCUCUUCUCUGAGAGCAAUCAGAGGGAUCUGCUGGGGCUGCUGGAAGGCGAGAAGGUGGAGAUGCCACCACUGACGGCCUCCCCAGCCAGGUACGUCCAGCAGAGUGCGGGAGUGGAUGCAGUGGUCUCGGUUUCCUACAGCCAAGAAGAUGGGGAAAGAUUUUGGGAUCACUUUGCCAAUGGGCAGGCUGGUGACAGAGAGGACCCUGACUCCCCUGACGAUGAGCUCAUGGAACCGAUUUGGCUGAAGACGGAAGGGGGGUGCCCUUCGGAGGAAGAGGCUGCAGCUGCGGAAAUCGGAGAUGCGGAGACUGAGACUCAACCAACAUAUAAAGAUGUGCCUGGUCCCUGUGACCCAGAAGACCUCCUGGAUGGAGUGAUCUUUGGGGCCAAAUACUUGGGUUCCACUCAGCUUACGUCGGAGAAGAACCCUUCCACCAACGUCCGCAUGGCCCAAGCUCAGGAAGCUGUGGACAGGAUCAAGGCCCCAGAAGGGGAGUCCCAGCCCAUGACAGAGGUUGACCUGUUCAUCUCUACUCAGCGCAUCAAAGUGCUGAGCGCAGACACACAGGAAGCAAUGAUGGACCACCCUCUGCAGAUGAUCUCCUAUAUUGCGGACAUUGGCACCAUCGUUGUCCUGAUGGCACGCAGGAAGCCCAUUGGCCGGAAGGGGGCGGAGGCAGCUCCGGGGUCCAAUCCCCCAGCCACUCAGAAGAAGUAUUGCAUGAUCUGCCAUGUGUUCUCCUCAGAGGAUGCGCAGGUUAUAGCUCAGGCAAUUGGGCAAGCGUUUGGAGUGGCCUAUCGGCAGUUCCUGCAAGUCAACGGGAUCAAGGCCACUGAACUGCGGCCCGGCGAGUACAGCGACUACCUGGGAACCCAGGAGCUGUACAAUGGAGACCUUGUGCACUUCUCCCGCUCUGAGAAUAUCAGAGAGGUGUGCAUCACCAAGGCUGCGGGGGAGAUCCUGGGCCUGGCCGUGGUGGAGUCGGGCUGGGGCUCCAUCCUGCCCACCGUGGUUGUGGCUAACCUGCUCCAUGGAGGCCCUGCCGAGCGCAGUGGGGAGCUCAGCAUCGGGGACCGUGUCAUGUCCGUCAACGGCGUCAGCCUGGUGGGCCUACCUAUUGCCACCUGCCAGGGCAUUAUACGGGAUCUGAAAAAUCAGUCUGAAGUGAAGCUCAGAAUUGUCCACUGUCCUCCAGUUACCAUGGCAAUAAUCAAACGACCAGACCCCAAAUAUCAGCUGGGUUUCAGUGUGGAGGAUGGCAUUAUAUGCAGUCUGAUGCGAGGGGGCAUUGCCGAGAGGGGCGGAAUUCGUGUGGGUCACCGCAUCAUCGAGAUCAACGGGCAAAGCGUGGUGGCCACGCCCCAAGAUAAAAUCAUCCACAUCCUGACCCACGCAGUGGGAGAGAUCCACUUGAAGACCAUGCCUGCAUCUACAUAUCGUUUGCUGACUGGGCAGGAACAGCCGGUUUUUCUCUGAGAAUGUUUGGGACAGAGGAUGGAUUUACCACUGCCUACAGGGGGGAAAUCAGGAAACCAGGAUCGCAGUGUGAAUACUCAUCUCCCCAGUCAUUGCAUUGCUCAAGCCAGGCACUUGCAUACAGAGUCACAUAAACAUAAAGAUCACUGCAGUACAUUAGUACUGAGUAUUUUCUGCCAUCAUAUUAGAAAACACCAUAUCUGCACUAUCUGUGGUGUUGAAACUGUGGAUCCUUCACAUUAGAUGUAAUUUUAAAUAUGUUUUUAAAUGAAAGUGUAGUAGAGCGCGUGCGCACUCGGUCUCUGUCGAUCUGUACAGAGCGGUAGGAAGUUUGGCAUUCACUCAAAAGUUCUCGCUGGCUGACAGGGUACAGCACGAGUACCUGCUGCGAUGUGUCUUCCAUCCUCACGCCAUGUUGUGCCUAAGCUUGUCUGUCCUUGGAGAAGACUCCCAUUUCAGAAUGCAGUGUCAGGUGCACUCAUUCCCAGCUGCCCACUGGUAGACUCCCUAAAGGCGGACCGCAUCGUUCAGUAACACAAACUAGCGAAUAAUUCCAUCUGCUUAGUUUGGCCUCAGCAUUAGCAUUGUCGCUGUCACAGGGACUGACACAGUGCUUACUCUAUGCAUUCACAAGCCGUGCAGCUUGCAUGCUAAACUCUGAAGCUCAAGUCUCAGUGCUUGUCAAAACACAGAGAGCGCCUUGAUCUCUGGGCUUGCAUAGAUUUCCUGUCAUAGCAAUAUAACAAGGUAUAUUUUUGAUAAAUCCUAAAUGCAGUAUUGGAUGUUUAUUAAAAAAGAUUUAUCUCAACUAGUUAUAUUUUUUUGUUGUUUUUACUGGGGAAAAAUGGAUGCAAACUCAUGAAUUGAUUCUUAUUAAUUACUUGACCUUUUUUUUUUUCCUUCUUCUACACUAUUAUGUUAAACAUGAAACCGACACGUUACAGUAAAUGUUUGUUUACUGAUGUCAUUUGAACAAUUAGCAUUAAGAAGAGCUCUUUUAAAGUAGCAGUGGCAGAUUUAAUUUUGAGUUCAUAAAUUAAUAUUUAAGGCAUGAGUGCAGUGUGCAUACCAAAAUUAUCUUAUUCAGAGCUAUUGCUAUAGUGUAUCUUUAGAACCCAUAUUUCAUCAAGUAUUUCUUGUUGUAUAUGCAGUUAAAUCUCUCACAGAUUGGGGUUGCUUUCAGACUUUCACUUCUGCAAAGAUUCUUUACUCAGCUUUACUCUAUCUGGCUGCCAUACUGUGUCAUAUUUACAAACGCCAAAGAGCUUCGAUCGCCGAAGGAAUUUGGAGUGAUAACAUAAGAAAGCUGCUUUCAUUUACCUAAUAUCACAAUCUUGGUCGCGCUACUCUGCAAAUGUGUGCCAACGGCUUCCAUUGAAGAACUGCCCUAAAAAGCAGCAGGGAAUUAGAAUGUUUCCAGCUGUGCAUGUAUAUGUAUGUGCUGUGUCUAAAGAGAAGACCAUUCUCUGCUUUUAGUGAAAAGGCUUUAGUGAGUUCCUCUAGAAGAGUUUUGAGUAAACUGCUCUAAAUAGCACAGAGUGUAAAUUUAUGCUUUUGAUAACCACAAUUUUAAAGUGCCCUUCAUGCUGACAUUCAGCACUUGCUGCUUGCUUGUUUAUUUGCAUUUUCAAUAUAUAAUUUUAUUGUCAUAGCCUUUUAGAUACAGUGAAAACAAAAAAGAAAUGGCUCACCUUUGAAAAUGUUCACACAUCUCAUCUGAGGGUGCAUGCCUGCUGAAAGCCCACCUUUUGAACAGUAUUAAUACAGUAUUUCAUUUUUUAUUUUCUGGUAUAAUUCGGUUGUGUGCAGAAAUAUGUCUUGACUAAACAGGGUUAACCACAGUAUAAUUGCUGCUGGUACAACCGACAGCCUUGUUGCACCACUCCGUCAUCACAAAUUUUCACUUUGCAUUUUGAACAGUGCUUGAUUCUACAAGUUAUUAUUGGUAUCUUGUGGUACACUUCAUUAGACAAAGUCAAAUUGCUUCAUUUCGUAAGUAUUUAGAAAACAAAAAUGUUUUGUGAAAGACAAGUGACUGUUAGCAUUUAUAUUUAACCCUUUUGUCUCCCCAUUGAUUCUGGGUUCUUUCAUGAUCUCAUUAUGGAGUAGCAAAAUGUACACAGCCAGCACAGACUAAUCAGGACAGCAGCAGGCAAUUUCUGAAUGACCUCAUUGCUAGAGAAUGCAGGGAGAAUGCACAUUGUUUACCAAAAGCUUGGUUUCCUGGGCAACUGGCACAGAGGCUUAGGCAAUCAACACCUGAAGUGCAGUUUGCUGUGUUCUAGAAAACCGGAUCACAGGGUUGAAUGUGUGUGCCUAUUGUGUCUUUGUGUGUUACGAUUAGAUACUUCCUUUUGUAAACCGGUUGAGUUAUAGUUUUCCAACAUGCUUCCUGCUUCAACUAAAGAAAGUGUUCCUAUUAGUUGUUUAUUCAUCCCCUCUACAAUGAAUAGACUUUGUCAGCUAAAAACCGUUCAAACCAAAUUACAAACUGACCUCAACAUGCUUUUCCCUGCUUAAUUAACAAUAAAUCCUACACCACCCCCAUCAGCUGAUUUCUGUUGUUCUGAGCAUUCUGCUGCACAACAAAAUGGCUGCCUUGUGUAAAAUGUGCAUUGGUGCUGGUUGAUAAGUCACCCCUUUUACCUUUAUAUACUUGUAAGAUCUAUGAAAGCCACUACUUGCAUUAAAUCUGUUGAUAUGUAUAAUUGGGAAUUUUAGUAUGUUUGUAGCCAAUUGUAUAAUUUUUUAUUCCUGAGUUCAGCAAGAAACUCGUAACAACACUUAUCUUAGUGGCACGGCAUCAAAAAUGUCUAUACGCUUGGCAUAAUGCAAAGGUUGAAAAACAUUUGGGAAUUUCAGGUGUGCCUCACAGAACAAAAUGUGGAAAUACCUAUUACAUGAUGCCUACAACUUCACACGAAUGCAUUAAAAACAUGAAUCAGCCAGUA